CGCAAAAACCGUAGCGGUCUGGUCGGCUUCAGUUCAUGCCAAUAGGUGGUACUGGUGUAGUGCGGUUGUGUGCGCUGAGAUUGUCGACAUGUAUUCUCCUCAACGUGGCGGGCUCGUCGCCGGGUUGAGCAUAUCUUUCGACUCGUUUUCAACGCUUUCGGAGCUUGACACGGCGUCGGUCGUUCUAGCUAAUAAAGCGGAAAGACGGUGUUGUGGCGGCCGGCUGUGAGCGCGGCCAUGGCGCGCCAGGUGCUCAGUGUGGACGACCCCACGUUCCGCGCCACGCCCGCCCAGCAGAUGCUGGCCUCCUGCUCCGGCGCCGUCCUCACCAGCCUCACCAUGACGCCGCUCGACGUCGUCAAGAUCCGGCUACAGGCGCAGCAGCGCGCGCUCACCGCGCAGCGCUGCUUUCUCUACUGCAACGGCCUCAUGGACCACCUCUGCCUUUGCUUGAACGGCCAGGGCGGGCCGCCGGCGGCAGCAUCGUCGUGCGCCGGCGCGCCGGCCGCGCGCUGCCCGGCCGUCGAGACCAGCUGGUACCGGCGACCGGCACCGCCAGCCUUCACGGGCACGCUGGACGCGGCCGUCAAGAUUGCGCGCGCCGACGGCGUGGCAUCUCUCUGGAGCGGCCUCUCGCCCACGCUCGUGUCGGCCAUCCCUUCGACGGUCGUGUACUUCGCCACGUACGACCAGACGCGGCUGCUGCUGCGCGACCGUUGGGGCACGCCGGCGGUGCCGCAGCCGGCGUGGGUGCCGAUGGUGGCGGGCGCGGCGGCACGCGUCUGGUCCAGUACGCUUGUCGCACCGCUCGAGCUCGUGCGCACGCGCAUGCAGGCCACUCGCAUGCGCUACACGGAGGUGGGCGCGGCCGUGCGCCAGCUGCUGCGCGAACAGGGCCCGCGCGGCCUGUGGAAGGGCCUGACGCCCACGCUGAUCCGAGACGUGCCGUUCUCAGCGCUCUACUGGGGCAGCUACGAGAGCCUCAAGCUGGCAUUCAACCAACAGACACCCUCGCCGCUGUUCAGCUUCGUCGCCGGUUCGUCGGCCGGCACGCUCGCCGCCGUGCUCACGCUGCCGUUCGACGUGGUCAAGACGCAUUGGCAGAUCGAGUUCGGGGAGCGCGUGCUCGGCGGCGAGCCUACGCGCGCGGACACCGGCGUGGCCGUCGCGCUACGCGACAUCUACCGGCGCGCCGGUGUGCGCGGCCUGUUCGCCGGCCUCGUGCCGCGUGUCGUCAAGGUGGCGCCCGCUUGCGCCAUCAUGAUCACGAGCUACGAGGGCGGCAAGGCGUUCUUCCUGCGGAGGAACGAACGGCUGGCGUGCGAAGCCGAGCGCCGGUGAUGGCGGCGACGGCGGGCGGCGCGCCGCGGUCCGCGUUCUAGCGGACCGGUCGGCGGCGGCUCCGGCCACGCCUGUGCUACAGACCCGUUGGGCAGAGGGGUGCGGCGAGAUUAGAAGGGGAGACAGCCGGCGGAGGCUAAGAGUGAGUCAUUGUGCGCUAUUGGCUGGACUGGACGGGUGUGGCGGCCGGUGUGCGGAGCUGACGGUGCUCAGGUGGCUAUCGUAGUGAGGUAUUCGCCAUGUAAGGGCAUAGUGGGCUGUGCAGGUGGUCUUCCACAGAGGGAUCCCCUGUGACUGUGAUUCGGUUCUAGUUCCGGUGAGUUAGGAAUGUUCACAGGCCAUAAUGUGCUACGUGUGCUCAUGGCUUUUGAUAAGCGGUUUUAUAUCAACUAUGCCAUGGACAUAAUAGAGAAGUCAGGAACGAUCGUGUUGUCAUAGCACACUACGGCAUUAUGAGACACACUGGAGUCAACGUGCCAGACCGCGAGUGUGUGUGGCGUGGGCUUCUAAUACAGUAAGCCCGCGGGGCGAGCAGCCGCGCAGCAUCGUGGAGUCAUGAUGGCAUGCGCAGUCAGCGCUCCGUUGACAGUUCUCAGACUUGUGCAAUAUCCUAUGAGAACGCGAGAACUUUCCACUUUUGCGUGACCUUCACGACGAACUCGUCCUUUCUUUUGGGCUGCGUCCUUUUGAUAGAUGGCUAUUAGUGAGACGUUAUUUGCAAUUAGAAUGUCAUAACAGUCGCCUAAAGUCCGCCGUGAAGGGACCUUUCAUGUCGGACGUCAGUUUCUGUCGGGGAGUCAUCGCUCUGACCCCGGCGUCGUUGACCUGGGGACCGGCGCCAUGUCCUGGCUCGUGACAGAUCACCCGGUGACAGCCGUCGAGGCCUCAUCUUCGCGCGUGGCCGCGCCGCCGGA